GUCCUCUCCGGCCACCGUGCCGGCAAUAUGGCUGCGCCCAUGGAGAAGAAAGCGAAUUCCAAAGCAAGAGAAAGCCGGCUCCAGAUCGCUCGCUCAUGGACCGCAGCGCAGAGUUCGGCCGAUGGAAGGCACAGAGUCUGAGCAAGGCGGACCUUAGCCGGAAGGGCAGUGUGGACGAGGACGCGGCGGAGGUGGUGGAGCUCCUGAAUUCGCGGGAAGAGUUUUUCACUACCAGCUCCUGCGCAGGCCGCAUCCUCCUUCUGGACGGGAGCACAAACGGUCUUACAGUUCAGAAACAGCACUGCUGCUGGCUGCUGGUCACACACAAACCUUGUGCAAAACAUGAUAUGAUGGCAGCUCUGAAGGGUGCGACCAGCGAAGCUGUUUUGAAGUUUGAACCUUUUAUCCUCCAUGUGCAAUGCCGGACACUGCAGGAUGCUCAAGCCCUGCACUCAGUGGCAGUUGAUUCUGGCUUCAGGAACUCUGGCAUCACCGUGGGAAAGCGAGGGAAGAUCAUGCUGGCUGUCCGGAGUACACAUGGAUUGGAAGUCCCACUAACCCACAAGGGAAAACCAAUGGUGACAGGGGAAUAUAUUGAGUUCCUGGUAACUAUAGCAAAUCAGAAAAUGGAGGAAAACAAGAGAAGAAUCGGAAGGUUUUAUACCAGCCUACAACAUGCUGUCAAACAAGAAACCAUUUCAAACUCACAUUCCAAGAUCAAAGAGAAAAGUAAGAAUAGGAGGAGCCCAGGAAAAGCACGUGACCCAUCUACCACUGAAGACCCUGGGAGGGAGCUCUCGGGUGGCGACAGCCUGGGAAUCAGCACCACACUCCUCCUGGGAGGCGACUGAGACUUGGCACAGUGUCGGCCCUGGUACCUGGUAUACGGCUGCUCUUUACAAGAGCGUCAGGGUUUGCCGAGGGCAUCAACCCUGCAGGAGGCAAGAGUUAAUUUCUCUAUUUUAGAGAAACGUAAGUGUAAAUGGCUUUUCAAAGUAGCUUUGUGUAUGUUUGCUCUCUGAAGACUUUUUUAAAAACAUAUUAGGAGUCACUCUACGAAUAAACUUAAAACUUCUUGUGUCUGUUUCAAAUAGGAAAAGCAAGAUUAAUUCUUUUCUGAGGUAGCCUCAGCAUCAUGCGUGUUUGAGCAGGAACUGUGGGAACACCUCACCCCACCCCAGCUUUCUGUAAGGGGAAGGUCAGUUUGCAUUUCUCACCACGGAUGAGGUUUCCUCUCGCUUUGGCCUUGUGAAUAAAAGUAAUUGAUACACAUGUCA